GUCCACCAUCGCUGUAUCCUUGACUCCGUUGGAAUCCCUCUGAGUCGCUUUUCUUCCACCCGUCAGGUGCUGGAGGCAUACUACGAUUCUCUCCUAGGCCAUGAACGCAUGGGAGAAAAGAAGAUACUGCAUCGAGACAUCAGCGUGAAUAAUAUCAUGAUCAGUGCAUAUCCUGACAUGGAAAAAUGCAGAGGCUUUCUCAUUGACAUGGAGUAUGUCACUGUAGUGGGCGAACCUGGAAGU